AUGGAAGAGAUCAUAUCACGCAGCCCUGAGAGCAGCACCGACACCCCGACGAUCGCCGCUCCAACUGUCGCACCAGCAGAAAACGCCGCAAGUGGAGCUGCUGAGCUGGAUGAACGACCUGAUUCGAACCUUACAUCGCACAAGGAGCUACAGACCACCAAGAAUGCAGCGGCGGACGAAAUGCAAAACCAAGGGGGACACGAAACAAGCGGAAGUGAUACCAGCAAGAAUCGUGACACCAAUGCUGAUGACGAUCUCCGGUUUGCAGUGGCGCCAGGAGGGAAUUUUCAGUUUGACCCGGAAACGGGUGAACUGUUCUUGCAGCCGCAAGUGAUGUUGUCCCGUCGUUCGUCAACAAUCGAGGAAGUUGGAGCGGAUGGCGACUCACCGGAGGGAUACAACAAUGAUAAUGAGGACACUGCAGGGGCAGCCGCACCUGAACUCGACGAGAAAGCAGCAAUUGAGCUGGACGACGAAGUUAUAGAACCGCAAGCUGCGCAGGUUGUUCAUCAAAAUGCUCGUCCUGCUGGUAGCGAGGACGGACAGGAAGUUGUAGCAGGGCCUGUUCAAUCCGAAAAUCCGGAAGAUGCGGGUGGAAGAAAUACGAACACGGAGACGAGGGACCGUGGCCGCGCACUUGUUCCUGUUUCCUCUGAAGAGCUGCACACCGAGCAACUACACGACGAUAGAAAUAAAGAGAUGUUGGAUGUGGCUUCGUUUUGCAACCCGGAUGUACUAGUUGUUAUUGGCGCGACCGCUCAGGCUACUGCGGAACCAGAACGUCUCCUCGCCGCUGACGACAUCGGGGACAAGUACCUAAAGACCGACGGAGCAAAAAAUGAAGAAAAACAGUCGCCGGACCACGACCGACAGAAAGAGCAGUCCGAUUUGCUCGCCCACAUCGGCGCGUCACCGCCGCUGCUCUCCUUGGACUCUUCCUCUCGCUUGAUCACACCACUGCAGGAAACGAUGUCGCCACUUGUUUACAACAAAGUAGCGACUCUGCUCGGCGGUAUUUUCGACAAGGUUGCCGCGUCGACGAUUGAGGAAGGAGACGAGGAGGAAGAGGAGAAUGACUCAACAGCGGGUCGUCCUGCUGGUAAAGGUCCGGACGCAGAGGAGCGAGAUCCUCGUAUAAUCCGAGCGGCAGAGCAAGACACCACAGCGACUUCUGGAGAAGAUGUUGUGGGGGAGAACGAGAAGAUACGAAAGACAUCUCCCGGUCUUCGUCGAGUAGUUGAUGAAACCACCGGGGUGCUGGCGAAUUGUAGGAAAGACGAUGGUGCACAAACGUCGACGACUCCCGAAGCACAGGAGUUUCCGGCUCUCAGUUGCUCGUCAGCGAGUUGUGAUGGAAAUAACCUUGACCUCCACCAGCAGGUGGAGACCACAACCUGCAGCUCAUCCUCGAGGUCCACGAAGGAAGCGGUUCUUGCUGGAGUUUUUUCCUCUUCAUUGUUGCGAAAAAACAGUUGUCCCACUACUGGUAUCAUUGCAAAAAAACCUUCGAGUGUUGAUUCGGAGAUGAAACAAGGGGAGACCAAAGACUCGGUCGCUUCCUCAGCAGGGGCAGCUGUCGCUGCAUGUACAGACGGCGAUGAUGAAGCAGCAACAGGAAAAAAACAUGUUGAACUGCACCCAGUAGACGCUGUGUCAACAUCAACGAACGGAGGCUCCAAGCCGACAACAGAUGAGGAACCUCAAACUACGACAGCGACUGCGUCUCCGUGGAUUUCCUCUCUCUACGGCUCAACAGCGCAUAUUCUCUCGAUCGGCACGGCGAAAAUCAUCCAAAAUGUGACAAAUUUUAUCGCGGACGAUGACGAUUUGGAGGACUACUUCGUCGGAGGAGAAUACCGGAUCGGCGAGCGGGGUGCGGUAAUGCGGAAAACGGAGGCGUUGGAUAGUGAGAAAAUCAUGCACUUACCCGCUGGCGUGGUUGUAGUCAUCAAGAAGCUGGGCGGAGACGGGGCUGGUGCUUCUGUGGACGAUCAUGCAAAUGAAACAAACGAUAACGAGGACAGUUCCGUCUCUGUCAACGCCACGAACAGCCGGAAUCGAGCCUUGGUGAAGUCAGGAGAUUUGGAGGGGUGGGUGUCUGUCGUGUCGAGUAAGACCGGGACGCAGAUUUUGAUUCCUUUGAAUCACAAACCGGAAGAAGACGACCACAUAGUAGACAACGCAAAAGUGUUGUCCUCGGGUCAGGGUCCGGACGGGAAGAUCGCUGACACGACCAAACGGAGUGAAGAGUCAUCUUCCGUUGAUGUGGCCACGGACAGCAGGGUCGAAGGAGGUGUGCAGGAUUCGAAUGAACCUCCUGAUGGACCGGAAGAAAGGGACGCGACCAAUACUAGUGGAAACUACAUGCGGAAACAGUCCAACUACUGUCCGUCGCCGCAAGAACCGGGACCAAAAGCUAACCAAGAGGAUUCUUCCUCUUCUGCUUCUUCUGACCACAAUGUCAGAACCCCUGGGCAGGAGCUUCUUGACAGCAAGAUCAGUCUUUUCUCCUCGCCGAAAGAAAGAACCACUACAGGGGACCAGCACAUGACAAUUCUCGUGGACAUCGCCGAGUUUGCGCAGUUGACGAAGGACCGACAUUCAUUGGAAAAGGAGAACAAACUGUUGAAAAAGCAGGUGGAGCACUUGAAGAAACACGAAGCCGAAACCCAGAAGACCUCCGAGCAUUGCUUCGCCCUGCAGGUGAUGCUGCAAAAGUUGAGUGCGAAGUACGAAGAAUUGGUGAAAAAAAUGGAAGCGAGCGCGGUUAUGUUUGGGGAAGAGGAAGGGCAAACACAAGCAGCUCCUGGAGUAACGAGCACUAAUGGCGACGCGAUGAAGAAAACUGUCACUGUAGAGCCGCGGUGGAAUAUUGAUGCGGCAAAUCAUCCUGAGUCUGAGCCAAGUUUCUCUGAUCACAGUGCAGGAACAAGAUCUUCCGCGCGCGGCCCUGUAGUGAAGCUCGACACGUUCAUCUCCUUGGGCACAACCUGCAGCCGAACGGACACCGAGGUCCUCACUGUCGCUGCGCCAGCAUCUUCCAGCAGGGAUGUUGACGAUUCAGAUGGAUGUCCAUUGGAAGAACAGCUAGAUGAAAGGGCGAAAAUGCAGUUUGCGACCUCCACUUCGAAUCCAACCGGGAGAGAUGAACAAGAUUUCCAAAUCGAGCUGCAGGCCUUGGAGAGGCAGAAGAACUUGGAAAUCGCGGAGUUAAAGCUUGAAUUGCGGAAACAGCUGGAAUCCCAGAGCCACGCGGAACAGUUCAAGAAGUUCAUGACGAAUUUCGUCAACAAACGGGACCGGGAUCGAGGCCAACAACUACACCUGAGAAACAGUCCGGACGGAGGUGGUGCGGGGAGAAGUAGUUCAAGUUGCACUGCCGCUGUUGGUCUUGGAGAAAGAGCGACCCAUGACAGCACAGGAGCACACAAUUACCAUGCGAGAACCCCUGGAAGAGGGCUCUCUUCUUCAUCCUCCUCUUCCUUUUGCGAGAACGAUAGCAGCUUCAACGAGAACGAAUUGGAUCAGGAAAAUUUCCUGUUCGUCGCCAAAGUGAACGAACUGGAGCAGGAGAACCGGAAGUUGCGGGAGAGUUUGAGUCAGAAAACAACAGCGGAAAGGCUGUUGAGCACGUAUUUUCACGAUUCUGUGCACUGCGGGUUUUUUCCCAACCAACCGAAUCACUGUACGGAAAAACUGGUGGAAACAAUACUGAAGGAAAACUUGCGGUUGAGCCGCGAAGUAGGAAUGUUGAUGAAAAGGAUACAAAAUUUAUCUUCUGACGAUUUCGGAUGA